AUGUCCAGUACAGACAAUCAGAAGCAAAGAGAGUUUGAUAUUGCUUCGGCCUGGCUGUCUUCUGCGCCUUCAGCUGCCAGCUUAUCGAAUGAUGUAAAACUGGAGCUGUAUGGAUUGUUCAAGUUCAUCUCGACAAGCGCUGGACCUCCUGGUGGCCGACCAUCCAUUUUUUCGCCAACUCCACGAGCCAAAUACGACGCUUGGGUAGCUCAACUCUCCAAAUACGCUUCUGCAGGAGAGAACGGUAUAAAUGCAGCUCGGGAUCGAUACGUGGUGAUCGCAAAGGAGAUUGGCUGGUCAGGCGACAAUGAUGAUGAUGAAGAAGUUGACCUUGAGAACCUUGAUACUGAACCAUCUGCGAUCAGAAAAGACAAAGGGAAAAGCCAACAGGAUAAUCCAAUUGGAGGGGUGAAAGUGAGCGUGAUGUCGGAAGAAGGAGAGCAAGGAGAUACAAACUCUCCUCUUCACGACGCCGUGAUUGCGAAUCGCCUCGAGGAGGUCAGAGCACUCAUUAAAAAGGGAUAUAUCAUCAACGACAAGGACGAAUUUGGAUACACACCACUCCAUCUGGCAGCAGACCGAGGGCAUGCUGAGAUGACAUCCUUACUGCUCCUGCUGGGUGCUGACAGGGAUGUGAAGGAUGAGGACGAUCUGACACCUAUAACGCUAGCAGAGAUAUCAGGACGAGAUGAUGUAGUUGCUAUCCUUGCUUUGCGCUGA